AUGCAAGACUCAGGAGACCUAUACCCCAGCAGACCCCCUAGCAGGGAUAUGCACGCCUCAGCCUUGGAAUCCUCCCCUGGCUAUAGAGAGUCCGUCCAGGAUGAUAUCCGACGGGGUAACUUUGACGAGAUCCGGGGAUCAAUGUAUAACCUUGUGUGGUAUCUAAGCAUGAGAUACCGCCACGAUGGCUAUUCCAUGGAGACGCUUGAGCCCAUAUUACAUGAUUUCUGGCAUGUCUGCUACCACGGUGGCAGGCACCUCUCCCACGAAAGUCCGGAACAUGAUCGUCUGGUCCUUGACAUCGUCCGUUUCCGCGCGAUGGGUCCGCUGAAAAGACCAGCAAAGCAGAACCACCAGGACAUUGAAAUUGCCAGAACAACCGCUGGCGUCGUCUGGGAAGAUCUGCCGUUUCUUGUUGCAGACAUGACGGACUACUGGCUGAACGACUGCGCGACCAUGAAUGCUACCCAGCGCUGCAACAUUGCCCGUUUUCUGGCCAAGCUUUCGUCUGCAGGUCUGAGCAACGAUGGGCUUUUCCAGAUUGCUCUACUGGCUUUUCGCGAUGCACUGGAGACGGCGAGGCCGCUUGGUAGCCUCGAUGGCUCUGGUGAUGCCAACCCUGAUCGCAGGAUGGGAGACCUUACCGUUGCCGACUUCCUGCCGGCGGUGUAUGCUUGGAUACAGGAAGCAAGAUACAAGAUACUCCAGCUCUCAGAUGAAUCGUGGAACGGCUGUCCUGAUGAUCUUGGGCGAGGUGGUGCCAUGUUUGUCGAGUCAGAUCUUGGCAAAAAGUCUCCCUCGGGAUUCAGUCACUGGAGAUGGAUGUUCUGGCUGAAGAGACUGGAAGACAUCAAUCAAGAAGCUAAACAAGUUGGCGAGAAGCGUAUCGCGCAGCAGGUCUCGGAGAUGAUAGACAUUAUGACGGGCCAGCUUGAGGACGGAGAUCCUCUAACCUUCAGAAAGUUUGAGGCUGCGGAGGCGUUUAUUCCGGAUAAAAAGGAGUUUAGCAUCAAAUAUCUCAUCGAGAGGGUAAGCGACGAGUGGAACCAGAGCCAGGAAGAGGGUGGUCAGGAGAUUGAGGAGAGUACUUAG